GUCAUUUCCUGGUCUUGCAUCUGACGUGUCUAAAACAGUGUUAGUGGAGGUAGCUAGACUUGGGAGGAAAUUUUUCAUCAGAUACUGUAUAUCUGAUUAGAUUUCCUUCUGGAGGUGGAAGGCACUUAAAAGAUUCGUCGGCUCAGUUGUUUAUAGCGUUUCCCCCCCCCCUUCCGUUUAACGUUAGUGUUUGUUUUCUUUACGUUGGUAUAUUAUCUCGUGUACGUGGUGUCAAGAUGCUGGAUUUCUUCACCAUCUUUAGUAAGGGGGGCAUAGUGUUGUGGUGUUUUCAGGGAACCGGUGUUACAGAAUCCUUCACCGGGCCUGUCAACGCGCUGAUCCGCUCCGUGAUCCUUCAGGAGCGUAGUGGCAACAAUUCCUAUACUCAUGAUGCCUUGAGUCUUAAGUACAAACUCGAUAAUGAGUUUGAGCUGGUUUUUGUGGUGGGUUUUCAAAAGAUCCUGACGCUGACGUAUGUUGACAAGUUCAUAGAUGACGUACAGCUCCACUUCAGGGAUCGCUAUAAGAAUGUGCUGGAGCAAAAGGGGGCCCUUACGUUGUUGAACAGCCAUUUUGCGUUUGAGGAUGACUUCAAAAUGCUUCUUCGUGAGGCGGAGGAGAGCAGCAAAGCUCGAGGUCCCACCUCCAUGAGAAGCUUCAAUGCUUCCCUGAAAUCCCAGAAAACUGUGAAGUCCAUGAUCGAAACAAAGGGAGGGGAUAAGGGCAAGGAACAGGGAGGCAAGAAGAAUAAGAAUGCCAAAAAAGAGGCUCCUGCUGCUGAGCCUGUGAAAGGGGAAAAAGCUAAGGCUCCGACCAGUGCCCAGAAGACAGUAGAGAACGGUAACCAAGGCUUGACCCAGGAGGAGAUCAUUCAGAAGAAGAGAGAGGAGUUUAUCCGCAAGCGCAUGGGGGCACCUGUGGAGAAGCCCAGUAAGUCCCCCAAGCCUGCGAAGGAGAAACCCAAGGGGAAAGAGAAGCGGGUGUGGACCUUGGGUGGCAGCAGCACCAAGGAACUGGACUACAGCCAGAGCAAUGGCAAUGGAGCCCAUGCUGCUGGGGACCAUGGCUUGGACGCUCAAGCUGACCCGGGGAUGCAGCUGAGCUCGAUGAAGGGUGACUUGCUCGCCGUGGAUUACGAGUCCAGCGAGGGAGAUGAGGAGGAGGAAGAGGAGGAGGAAGAUGCGGUGGAGAGGGUGGUAGUUGCUGACACUAGCAAGAAAAUCCCCAAAAAGGGUGCUUUUGGAGGGAUGUUUGGGAUGCUCAAGGGCCUGGUGGGUUCUAAGAGUCUGAGCCAGGAGGACAUGGAGCCAGUUCUGGACAAGAUGAGGGACCACCUCAUCGCUAAGAAUGUAGCAGCCGAAAUUGCCUCCCAACUCUGUGACUCUGUAGCCAAGAAACUGGAGGGCAAAGUCAUGGGCACCUUCACCACUGUGGCCUCAACUGUAAAGGGGGCCCUGCAGGACUCCCUGGUCCAGAUCCUGCAGCCCAAGCGGCGUGUGGACAUCUUGAGAGACGUCCUGGAGGCUCGUAGCCAGCGCAGGCCCUUUGUCAUCACCUUCUGUGGGGUCAACGGGGUCGGAAAGUCCACCAACCUGGCCAAGAUCUCCUUCUGGCUAAUCGAGAACGGUUUCACCGUGCUGAUAGCAGCCUGUGACACGUUUCGUGCGGGGGCCGUGGAGCAGCUGCGUACCCACCAGCGCCGCCUUAACUCCCUGCACCCCCCUCAGGAGCACGGGGGACGGCCAAUAGUGCAACUUUAUGAGAAGGGCUACGGGAAGGACGCCGCUGGCAUCGCCAUGGAGGCUAUUGCUUAUGCCCGUAACCAGGCCUUCGAUGUGGUGCUGGUGGACACUGCAGGGCGGAUGCAGGACAACACCCCCCUGAUGACGGCUCUGGCCAAGCUGAUAGCUGUCAACAUGCCUGACCUGGUGCUGUUCGUGGGGGAAGCUCUAGUGGGCAACGAGGCUGUGGACCAGCUGGUGAAAUUUAACCAGGCGCUGGCUGAUCACUCCAUGUCUGAUAAGCCUCGUCUCAUCGACGGGAUCGUUCUCACCAAGUUUGACACCAUUGAUGACAAGGUUGGCGCUGCCAUCUCAAUGACCUACAUCACAGGCCAGCCCAUUGUGUUUGUGGGCACAGGGCAGACCUACAAUGACCUGCGGAGCCUCAACGCCCGUGCUGUUGUGGGCGCCCUCAUGAAGGCCUGAGUGGCUGCUGCCUGCAUCUGUGUUCACCACUAUCGUGACAAAGCCAACUAAACACAGCGCUUCGAGAUGUCCGGUCCUGCUAACCCUGUCCUGUGGCUCACAUCCUAACCCUCCACAUAGCACCAAACGCAAAACACACAAGCUUCCUCCCAACUCCAUCUGGGAAAGUGGUGGGUGUUGACUUUUAAGCAAGAAGAGUCUCUUGCAUUAUCUGUAAACAGUUGGGCCAAAUUCAAAAGUACCUCAAUUUUACUUUAAAGUGAUGCAGUAAAGUUCAAGAGACAUAUUUCCUGACUUUUUAUCCGAUCAAAUAGAGAAUAUUUAUUUGUCCUCACUCACAGGUUACUCAGAUUGUCAAAUUCACUUCCUGGCAUUUGGUGUCUGUUUUCCCCCUUCACUUCAACGAGAACAUGUCAGUUAUGAAGGCUUGCUGGAUGUGACAUGUUUCAGCAGCCUCCCCGUUCCCGAUGAAAGCUUAGUGACCAUAGUGCCUAUCCUAUCCCUCCAGUUUCCCUGAAGCAUCACCACUACACGGGUGACCGUCUGUCUGCUGAGAUCUGAAACUUCAACAAACCCAGUAACUAUCUUCUGUUUCUCGCUCUCUGGAUGGACUGCUAUAACCCCCAUCCUGAUUCCCCCUUCUUCCUCUGCAAUUGGAGACUUGAAUGAUCCUUCAGUUUGGUGGAGUUGAAAAAAUUACUUUGACAUUUUUUGGGGUUGUCCUCCAGAGGCUUCACGGGUCUACAACUGGGGCACUAGGAGGCCUCGACUUUAGAUUUUCUUUCAAUUUCUUCCCCUUUGUCAUUUUGAAAACAAAUACAAGUCUUACAUUUGUCCAGUCCCUUUUCAUUUGCAGUAGUGCAAUGAGAAUCAAGAGUUAUAUAGAUUUGUCAUUUGAGAAUGUAAACAUUUCUAAAUAAAGCUGCUAUGAUGGCAUGGAACAACUUA